UACACAUCGCGGUGUAAUAAGAAAUUAUGAUCGAAGAUUUGAACGAUUUGGAUAAUUUAGUGGAUAUUUCUAGAAAAAUGUUUAAAGAAGCAUUGCUAACGUCGCCUAAUUUUAAAAGUUAUCCGCAAUUUCUGCUGAUAGACUAUGAAUACAAAGCUCUUGUCGGUACUAUUAACAUGAGCAGUAUGACAUGGUCAGGUUCUAUCAAGUAUUACAAUGAUAUUACAGACUUCGGUAGUAAAAAUGCUACUAUAACAAAAGACACAUAUGAUGGCUGUGGAGAUGCUGUUUUUCUAGCAGAAGAUAAAUUUGUAAUCGUAGGGGAUAGGGGUGCCAUAGAAAUUUUUAAGAUAGCUCAAUCCACAAAUGAAUUUGAGACACCAGAGUUUCAAUCUUUGAAUUAUGCUUGUCACCACGAUGAUAGUGUUUAUACAGUAUCUGCAUUUUCUGAUAAAAAGAGUAUAAUCACAGGUGGCUUAGAUUGCUGUAUUAGGAUCUGGGAUGUGGAUAGUUUUAUUGCGACACAAACAUAUACUUUUGCACACACGGAUAAUGUCACUGCUACAGAUGUAAAACCUAUGUGUAAUUAUGUAUUUGCAUCUACUUCUUUUUCUGGUGAUACAUUAAUUUGGGACAUUAGACAAUCUAAACCAGGACUUUGCAUCCUUGAUAGGAAGGGAAAAUAUUAUUCGGUAUCUUGGAACCCUACUAUGGACCAGUUUGUUGCUGUAGGUGGAGAUGAUGGUACAAUUGCUUUAAUGGAUGUUAGACAACCGAAUGAGCCAUUAUUUGAGCCUUUUUUACACAACAGUGGCUUGUGGAAAGUAUUAUUUAAUCCAGAUCCAAUGAGGAAAGAACAGCUAGCUUGUUGCUUUGAUAGCACAUGUGUGAAAGUAUUAGAUGUCACUGAUGAUAUGAAUUUGAUCAUAGAGGAUAAUCAGCACACUGACUAUGUACGAGGACUGGCAUGGUAUAAAGAUAAUUUAUUCUCAUGUGGUUGGGAUGAUAAUGUAAUUAAACGUGUGGUACCACUUAGCAGUGAUAGAUAAUCCGAGUUAAUAAUAUUAAAGUGAUAUAUUGAUUAAAAUUA